AUGUGUUGCUGCAACAACUACUAUGGUGGACUAGGCUACGGCUAUGGAGGCCUGGGCUGUGGUUAUGGCUGUGGCUAUGGCUGUGGCUAUGGUGGCUAUGGCUGUGGCUAUGGUGGCUAUGGCUGUGGCUAUGGUGGCUAUGGCUGUGGCUAUGGCUGUGGUGGCUCUAGAUAUGCCUGUUACCGCCCAUGCUGCUAUGGAAGAUUCUGGUCUGGGUGCUUCUGA